UCUUCCUACCCCAGAUCUGAAGUUCUGAACCCAACUUCUCCUCAUUCUCGCCAUGAUCACUAACCUGACAGACUCACAACUCAGCAUCCGAACCUCAACUCAGUCGCAGAAGGCCUGGCACCUCUUAUCUCUUCUCCUCACAAUCGGCCGCCCGGCUCGCCCUCCAGAGCUCGCCGCUCGGUGCACGUCGUUCCCGGCCUCGCCUCAACUCGUCCAGUUACUCUGUUCCAUCCCUCACUCCCCUCUCUUUUUAACCACUGAUCUCUUCGUUACGCCUUCCCUGGUGGCUCUACAAUUUGCACUCACUUCGAAUUCUGUUCAUACUUUUAUGCCCAAACGAUUUUCGAAUGGUGAUGUGAGAAAGUAUUUUUGGAAACGAAAGGAAUUUACAGUGCAUUCUGAUCUAGUUCCGUUUUCAAAGAGAAGAUUAUUCUUGUCAUCUGCAAAGGAAUGCGAGGAAGACGUAAUGGCUUUGCCGUCACAGAGCAGAAUCCAUGAUGCUUGUACCGAGGUACAUGUUUGUGAAGCCAAUGACAGAAGCACAAGCAUGAGUAUGCCACUAGGGGACAUGUCAGACAUGACAUCUAAAUUUAGGAUUUCAUGUAAACUCAUGGCCCCUGCAAAUUCUGAAGCUGAAUCAUCCGGUUAUGGACUCGAGAACAUCGAACAAGGAAAGGCUAAAAAAAUGACAAAUAAAUUUGUGAAUGAUAAGAUGCAAAGAUAUGUAUAUACACCAGAAUGUCUUCCUAGAUUUAUCAACAUUAACACUUCUUCAGAUACACCACAUCCAAUAGUAGUAAAAGGAAUUGCUGUGUGUGAGCAUGAUCCAAAACCAGCCCCUCUAACUUGUAUAAUGGAAAAUCCAGUUGUGUGGAAUGAAGCUCCAACGGGUGAGAUAAACUUCAAUGACGCACAUUGUUCAGAAAAAAAUACAAGUACUUCACCAGCCAAAAAUGUGAAUCAAGCGAGUGCAGUUACAAAUCUCGAAAUGGUUGAAAAUGUAAAAAUCGAUGAAGGAAAGGGGGGGAAAUCUUCAAAGGAUCCUGGACACACUGAGGAAGAAAUGAAUCAUCUUUUCCUGUCAUUUAGUACUGCUCCAAUGGAUACAAUGCUUAGAAAUGUCUUCAGAAGCAUGAACAUGAUGAACAAUAAUGAUGUGACACCAGUGUUGGACAGAGAGCCAACAACCAUACAUGAGAAGAGCCAGGCUCUGCUUCCAGCAGCUGAGCCUUCCAUUUCUCAGAAACAGCUAACUAAGUCCUCUGCCAACAUGAAGAUGGUUCACAGGGAUGCAUUGACUCCAAGAUUGCCAGCUCUCAGCAAGUCAUCAAAGUAUAGUAGGGCUGUUGAGAUUUCAGAAGAGAAGCAGCAAUCUAAAACCAAUCAUAAGAAACGGAAGUUAAAGCAAAACAAUCCCGUAUGUAUCAAAGAAAAGGGGGAGAAUUCCUUUUCUAUUUCUUCCAAGAAUCAAUUUGAGCCAAAAAUUCUGCCAAAAUUUGAUGCUUUCAUUGUAGAGGAGGAAGAAGGUUCAGGUGGUUAUGGCACAGUUUACAAGGCAAGGAGAAAGACCGAUGGAAUGACAUUUGCCAUAAAAUGUCCACAUGAAAAUGCUCAUAGACACCAUGUAAACAAUGAGCUGAGAAUGCUGGAGCGAUUUGGGGGUAAGAACUUCAUAAUAAAAUAUGAAGGAUCCUUCAAGAUUGGAAAUCAGGACUACUGUGUUCUGGAGCAUAUUGAUCAUGACCGGCCUGAGGUGUUGAAGAGGGAAAUAGAUAUUUUUCAGCUCCAGUGGUAUGCCUAUUGCAUGUUCAGAGCACUGGCAAGUCUACAUAGGAAGGGGAUUGUUCAUAGAGAUGUUAAACCUGGCAACUUCCUGUUUUCUCGCAAGGUCAAUAAGGGUUAUCUAAUUGAUUUCAAUCUCGCCAUGGAUCUUUGCCAAAAGUAUGGGACCAUAAGCAAACCAAAGGAGGCACACAGCUUAAGCUUCAAUCAGGUGACAGUAACUCACCCUAAUUCUGUACCUCCUACCAAAAGUAGGAAGAUUCAGAGUACUAAAUCUUUGGAGACAGACAAUUGGUACCCAAUGAAAGGCUCCAAGUUAACUCUAGAACCUAAGAACAUGAAAAAGAAGCCGGUAGGCCAAAUGAAGGCCUAUAUUGACAUGGGCAGCCAGAAUAUAAUCAAAAGCCAAGGUGCAGAUGGCUCAGGGAUAACCUCAGCAAAGGAUAAUACAAGUGCUAGGACUUCUUUGUCAGAAAAGCUAAGGGAACCCCUGCCAUGCCAAGGAAGGAAGGAGCUGAUCAGCCUGGCACAGGAAGCAAUGCAGAAUCCAAAUCAUGAAUCAUCAAGAGGUCCAGCUUCUAAGAGAAAAAGGGUUGCUGCCCCUCCUGGAGAAGAGGAAAAAGUGGACAAGAAAUUUGUUUAUAUUUCUCCAAUGCCUCUCCAUGCAGCGGGAAUCGCUGUUGCUGGUGCUGGAUUAUUAAAGAACAAAGGAGAUGGAAAGCAAAAGAGAGAGGGCCCUUGCGUUGGAACCAAGGGCUUCCGGGCACCUGAGGUUUUGCUCAGAUCUUCUCAUCAAGGGUCCAAGGUUGAUAUCUGGUCUGCUGGGGUCACCUUACUCUACCUAAUGAUUGGAAGAACACCCUUUUUUGGUGACCACCAACAGAACAUGAGAGACAUUGUGAAGUUGCGAGGCAAUGAAGCUCUAUGGGAAGUUGCCAAGCUACACAAUCGGGAAUCCUCAUUCCCAGUGGACCUCCUUGAUGCACGAUUCGUGCCAACUAUUGAUCUUCGAGGUUGGUGCAAAGUGAACACAAAGAGACCAGACUUCCUUAGGGCAAUCCCAGGUUCUCUUUUUGAUCUAGUUGAUAAGUGCUUGACAGUGAACCCAAGAUCAAGGAUCAAUGCAGAUGAAGCUCUUAGGCAUGAGUUCUUCACUUCAAUGCCAUGAUGCCCCGAUGCUGCUCAACUUAGUCACAGCUUAGACAUUGAAACUAGCUGCCAUUUACAUGGAGAAACCAUGAUCAAACCUGUGACUGUGAGAAGGUUUCUCAAUGAGCUUGCUUAUUAAGCUCUGCGGAGGUUUAUUCAUCUUUUAGUUCAGAAGCCCAUUUGCAGGUAACCCCCUUCUCUUAGUUGUAGGUUUGCUGUAAAUUUAUGAGCUGUAGGUUUGAAAGUGAAAAAGAAAAUAGGAAACUCUCUUUUUACUCCUUCCUACCAUGUUGUGAUUAUGCCAAUAGGAUGAAUGUAGGCUAAGCUUCCUAUGUAUGUAGUAUUUAAUCAGGAAAUGGAUAGGCCACAUUGUAAAAUAAAUCAUAUAUGCUGUGGCACUGAAAAUUCAAUGCUAAAUUUUUUAUUCCAUCGA